UGUUGAACAGUUUCUCGACAGUCAUCGUUCCGAGAUAUUUCCGUUCAGGUCAGAAACAUUGCUGGUUACGUAAGCAUUCAACAGUUUUCACGAAAUGUUACCCGUAGAAAAAACAGUAGAUGACGUACAACUCAUACAGUGGGUCAAAGAUCGUCCUGAGCUGUACGAUACGACACAUGUCAAAUAUAUGGAUACAAACCAUAAGAACAGCCUGUGGAUUGAAAUUGGAGACGAACUACAAGCUAGCAGUGCAACCUGCAAAGCCAGGUGGGGAAACAUAAGAGACAAUUACAGAAAAUCCCUUAGAAAAUCCAUAUCGAAAAGGAGCAGAGGCCUCAAAUCAGUAAAGCAUUACAAAUACGCCGAUCAUCUUUGGUUUCUGAAAAAGUGCUUUGACGUGGACGAAAUUGGCGACGGCCUCGGUGAAAGGCUUGCUCUGCCAGGUGUUGAAAUAAAGCAAGAAGAGGACAGUCUGAUUCAGAUUGAUCCCCAGGAAGAGUUCUCUGACGACGAUUCCCAUUGUCAAUCUCCGAUAAACACUAUACAGAAAAAAAGAAAACUCAAACAAGACACCAUGGAACAAACUCAGUCGUCAGCUAACUCUACACCUCAACACUAUAGCUCACAGAAGUUCGACUUCAGGUAUAGUGAAAACGAAAGUGUCGCCUCGAACGUGAUACCUCCUCAUUGCGUGGACUCGUUUUUGGCUAGUUUGACACCGACUCUGAAGAAUCUUUCACCGAUAAAUUGGCAUUUUGCAAAAGCUGAAAUGUUUGCGAUUGUUCAAAAAUUCGAAUUGAAAACGAUCUUGGGAGAAGAGAACGAACAGUCGACGUCGACUUGAGGUUACUACAUAGUGUUACUACACCUUUUUCAAUUAUUGUAAUUCAGAAAGCGUAAAGUGUAAUUUGGAAAAGCAAUUUUCAGAAAUUAUACAU